ACGAGUAAUUUGUAUAGCAAUGCACGGUUGGCUUCGUUGUAAUGUCAUAGUUGUUGUGGUUGGAAUUUAAUUAGAUAUCUUUAUUUAGCGAUGGCUGAGAAGUGUGGAUCAGAGAAAGCUUCAAGCUCUUCACCGAACCUGAUAUGUCCAUUAUGCCUUGAUAUAUUUGUCGAGGCGACAAUCCUGACUUCAUGUGGACACACAUUUUGUAGGCGAUGCCUCAAUAAAUACGAUCUAACCCACCAGGACCUUGAUCACAUGGUCUGUCCUCUAUGCAGGGAGAUCACCAAGUUGUCUGCCAACCGUGUCGAUGAUCUCCGCCUCAAUGUCUCCAUCAACGGAUGCGUAGACGAUUACCACGUCAAGUGUGGUGGGAUGAACGCUGUCCUCGAGAUGCGACAAAAAUGUUCUGGUUGCAAGCUUCAAGGAGAUGCUGUCUCAUUCUGCAGAACAUGUAAUAACUACAUAUGUGAUAAAUGUUUGCAUUGUCAUCAAUAUCUGUCAGUCUUUGAAGAUCAUGAGAUUGUAUCCAUGGAUGAUGUCAUCGAAGGGAAGGUCAGCAUUGGUCAUUUAUUCGAGAAGUGCUCCAUCCACAAACUUGAGAACAAGGAUAUGUAUUGUGAGGAUUGUAAGGUCCAAGUCUGUCACAAGUGUGUACUUGUUGGUCAUAAAGCUCAUGAAAUCAAGAACCGGGUUGACUUUGAACAAGAGUUGCGACGGAAGGUGGAAGACCUUGCCCAACGAUGUGCUGACAAGAAAACAGAGCUGGAAAAGAACAUUCAAAACAUAGAAAUACAACGUCAUGAGGUACACACUGCAGUGCAGACACUACUAGAUGAUGUCAGGCAGGCUUACACCAUCAAGGCCAAGGAGCUGGAAGAAAAUCUUCGAAAUCUCACCGACCAAAUAAAUGCCUUAAAGCAUAGUUUUGAUGACGACCUCAACGUCUUGAAGUCAAAAGAUCGUCAGAGGAUCAAGAGUAUUUGUAGUUCAAUAACAUUGGUAGAUAAUGACAGACUAGGUCAUCUUGAGACAGACACUCUAUCUGCUCAUAUCUUGCUCUGUGAGGAACUCGAUGAUAUGCUGAAGGAGGCUACCGAUCACACUUCUGCGUCAGCAAUUACAAAGAAAGCAAAGGGGAAGAGAUUCAAGCCAGCAGAUGAUACUCGUCUUGACCUCGGGAGCAUCGCAGAAUAUACUGAUCAUUCUUCUACGGCAGCCAUAAAGAAGAAAUCACAGGAGAAGAGGUUCAAGCCAGCAGAUGAUACUCGUCUUGACCUCGGGAGCAUCUCAGGAUCAGACCCCAAGAUAGAAGUCAUUCAGUGUGUACAUCUGCGGUCAUAUGUGUCCGGAAUGACACGCUACUCACACGACAGUGUGGGUAUCGCAUAUGGGUCGACUGCACGAGGUAUUGAUAUCAUUGAUUCAAAUGGUGGUAAGCAGCAGUAUAGUAACAUACCCAAUGACGGGAAAUAUAAUGAUCUUGUCUAUCAACAAGACGGAUCUUUAUGCGUAUCGAUAAACGAUACUAAUGAAGCGUACAUGUAUUCCCCCCUUGGCUCCAAGAAAGCAACAAUCCACGUGAGAGACGGUCCUAAUGAUUUCAGACUUAACAGAAGUCAAUCAGAUGAAAUCAUCAUUACUAACUAUACAAGACAAGUCUAUAUCUAUGAUCCGACAGGAUCCACUCUUAAACACACUGUUCAAACAAAGCACAGGGCGGAUCAGGCAUCUACUACCAGGACGGGUUUGAUCGUCACGAAUUCAUGUGAUGCCAAUCCAAGCGUAGUGACGGUCUAUGACAGGGAUGGGAAUGCUGGUGAGUCUCUACAAGCUCCACGGGGUGUCUACCUGUAUGCUGCCGUGAAUGAGCAGGACAGGGUGUAUGUAGCGAGUGAUGAUGUGGAUAAUAGUAGCGUAGUGAUCAGGCUCUAUGAUCUUGAUGGUCUGAACCUGAGGGAAAGAGUUGAGUUCAAUACACUUAAUAUGGAAUUAGAUUAUUGGUGUUACUUGGUCUCCCUUUCCCCAGACAUGCUCGCCUUUGCUUGUGGUGAUAACUUAUAUUUCGUCAAGGUAUCACUGUAAUCCAGAUUAUCUCAACCGUGCACCUACUACAAUGUCUCAACACAUUGUUAAAAUAAUUUACACAACGCUGUUAAUUUACUAUGUCAAUCGCACAGCUGUUGUUUAAACAGUUUAAACAUGUGUUCAAAAUCUUAACCAACUAUGCUUUAAUUGUUGAUAAUUGAAUAUUUGAAUUUAAUAUUCAGUGUUGUUUAAGAUUUUGAACACUUGUUUAAAAUGUUGAAAAAACUACUGUGCGAUUCACAUAGUAAACAGCGCUGUUUAAAUUAUUUUUAACAGUGCAUGUAGCAUAUUUUUUUCAAAUUCAAAUUCAAAUUCAGUUUUCUUUUCAACUAAACAAAGGAUAAUGCAGGUAAUUUUCAUACAUUUAUAACAAACAUUCAAAAUACAACAACUAUGAUGAAAUAUUAUUGAAUAAUUAUUGAUCAUUGAAUAUUUGAAUUCAAACUUUGUUGUUUAAGAUUUUAAGCACUUGUUUAAAAUGUUUAAACAACUGCUGUGCAAUUCAAAUAGUAAACAGCGUUGUUUAUAUUAUUUUUAACUGUGCAUUUAGCAUCAUUUUUUCGUAUUCAAAUUCAGUUUUCUUUCCAACUAAAUAAAAGAUAAUACAGGUAAUUACCAUACAUUCAUAACAAGCAUUUACAAUACGAAUCUUUGUCAUCUAUAGAUAAUACAUUUAUAGUUAUAUUCAUUGACAUAAAAAAUAAACUGAUUCAUAAUGUGAGGCAUCAAAGUGAUAAAACUAUCAG